CCGGGUCCGGGUCCGGACGCGAGUGCGGCUUUCCCGGUGGGACCUAGGGGCGGGCGCCCCUCCGCCGACCCGGGAACUUGGGGACGUGCUCGGUGACCCAGGACUCGGGACGGACGCCACGCUUGAGCACGCUUGUUGCCCACAGAUGCCCCCUCCCCGUCCAAAGGAGCAGCACGCCCCCGCACGGAGCCCCGCGUGAGAUGGCGCUGAGCCCCGCGCCCGUGAGCAGUUUCCCCGAGCCGUCUGCUGCCCCCAACGCAUCCCUCAACCGCUCGUGGGCCAGCCCCACAGAGCCCAGCUCCCUGGAGGACCUGGUGGCCACGGGUGCCAUCGGGGCAGUGCUGUCGGCCAUGGGCGUGGUGGGCGUGGCCGGCAACGCGUACACGCUGGUGGUCAUGUGCCGCGUCCUGCACACCUCAGCCUCCAUGUCUGUCUAUGUCGUCAACCUGGCGCUGGCCGACCUCCUCUACCUGCUCAGCAUCCCCUUCAUCGUGGCCACCUACGUCACCAAGGAGUGGCACUUUGGCGACGUGGGCUGCCGAGUUCUCUUCAGCCUGGACUUCCUGACCAUGCACGCCAGCAUCUUCACCCUGACCGUCAUGAGCAGCGAGCGCUACGCCGCGGUGCUGAGGCCGCUGGACACGGUGCAGCGCUCCAAGGGUUACCGCAGGGUCCUCGCCCUGGGCACGUGGCUGCUGGCGCUGCUGCUGGCGCUGCCCAUGAUGCUGGCCAUCCGGCUGGUCCACAGGGGCCACAAGAGCCUCUGCCUCCCGGUGUGGGGCCCGCGUGCCCACCGCGCCUACCUGACCCUGCUCUUCGGGACGAGCAUCGUGGGGCCCGGCACGGUCAUCGGGCUGCUGUACGUGCGCCUGGCCCGGGCCUACUGGCUGUCCCAGCGGGCCUCCUUCACGCAGACGCGGCGGCUGCCCAACCCCAAGGUGCUCUACCUCAUCCUGGGCAUCGUGCUGCUCUUCUGGGCCUGCUUCCUGCCCUUCUGGCUGUGGCAGCUCCUCGCCCAGUACCGCGGGGCCCAGACGCUGACGCCGCGCACUGCGCGCAUCGUCAACUACCUGACCACCUGCCUCACCUAUGGCAACAGCUGCGUCAACCCCUUCCUCUACACGCUCCUCACCAAGAACUACCGCGAGUACCGCCGGCGCUCGCUCCGUGCCAGGAGUGCCCGCGGGCCCGCCGGCGCCGGCCACUUCCUGCCGUGCCGGGUCCGCUUCCAGCGCGGCUCCGGCCACUCGCUGUGCUCCAGCAGCCAGCAGGCCACCGAGACCAUCACCCUGUCUCCGGCGGCCUCUAGAGCGGUCUGCGCCUGAGCGUCCCGGGGCCCCACGUGAGCACCGGGGUCGAGAGGUGGGGGAGGCCUGAGUCCUGCAGGAAAGGGCCCCAGAAUGCAGUCUGCCCCCUGGAGCCCCUCCUAGGCCCCCACUGUCCCCCAUCACUUAGUCUUCAUCCAGAAAGUUCCCUGCUCUCCCUUCUGCAUGGCUCAGUUCAGCAUCAGCAGCCCAGCCAUCUUCCUGGUACCCAGACCAUCUAGGAGGGUCUGUGGGAGGGGCAGAGGGGUCCGUCAGGCCCGGAACCAGCUUCUGAAGACCAUGGCCCACAGAGUUUUCACCACCCACA